CUCGCUCUCGGCCGCUACAAAUACCCGCCCACACGACGCACAGCGGCAGAAGCAAAGCGCACGAGAGAGUGAUCAGAAGCCAAAUCCUUCCAAGGACACGGAGGAGCGAAAAGAAUGGGCGUGAGCCUGGCGCAGGCGGUGGCGGCGCUGAUGGGCCGGUGCGCGCGGCGGCUGUCGCGGGCGGCGCACCGGCUGCAGGCGCGGGUCGGGCCGGGGCUGGCCGCCUCCUUCUCGUCCGGCGCCGUCGUGCCGUUCGUCGGUGGCAGGAAGAGCAAGAAGAAGGCGGCGCUGCCGUGGACGAGCAAGAACAGGAGGAGGACAAGGAAGCCCGCGGAGGAGUGGAGCUUCGAGGAGGAUGUGGAGGAUAGCGGGGUGUGGAGGAAGGAGAUCCUGAUGGGGGAGCGGUGCCAGCCGCUGGAGUUCUCCGGGGCCAUCUACUACGACGCCGAGGGCCGCCGCCUCGGGGCCCCGCCGCCCCCGCGCACGCCCAUGCGCAGCCCGCUGCCGGCAUCCAUCAAGCUCGCCGCCAACGCCUGAGCUCACUCAUCGUGGUCGAUCUCCCAGCAGCAGCAGCAGCUGGCUCCAACUUAUUUAGAGCCAAGAUCAAGAUGCAUGCCCUCUGCUCCCUCUCUGCCUCUGCUUUGCUAGCAGCUAGUGUACAUGGUUCUCUUCUCUGUUUUUGCUUUUCUUUCGUAACAGUAGGUGCUGUUGUGCUCGAUCUUGGUUUUGUUCUUCUUUUGCCAUGUAAAAGAGGGUGUUUAUGGAAGCUUACCUUGCACUUCUCCACAAGUUUAUCGCUUUCACUGUCUA